AUGCCUAAUGCUGAUACUAAUAAUGAUGAAGAUUCUGAUACUAACAAUGAUGAAAAUGCCAAUACUAACAAUGGUGAAGAUUCUGGUAAUGAUAAAGAUACUAAUACUACUAAUUAUGAAGAUGCAAAUAGUGUAAGCGAUAAUAAAAAUACUAAUUCAAAUAAUAAUGACAAUAAAUAUAAAGUUGAUUCAAGAUCCAUUAAUAAAAAAUUGGAUAUCAAAAAGUCUAGAAGAAUUUUAAAAACGCAGUAUGUAAAAGAUUAUAUAAUAGUCAAUUUUAUAGAAAUUUUAUUAACUAAUAAUACUAUCAUAAUAUGUUUGUUUAAUGUCGAAUCUUUUUCUUCAUGA